UUUAAAUCUUGAUUUUAAAUAUGGCGAUUGACUGACAACCGAGAAGUCUUGAACAGAAAUCAGCACAAAAAUUGUACAGAUAUAUCUUAAAAAGUCCGGUGAUAUGUAAAUAUUCAGGUACAAAACUUAAUGUAAAUAUAAGCCCCGGAAACAUACUGUGAUAAAUGUGAUGGCUAAUGAUCCUGGGGACGAAAAUUUGAGGGAAGAUCUUGAAAUAUUAGAAUCUAUGAUAGAUUUAUCUGCUAGCACUUUAAAGGGGCUCAGGACGACAUGUGCUACCAGUGCAGAGGUGACCCGACAAGAAAUAAGAACCCAUGAGGGAAAAUUGAUUAAACUCUUCUCUCAACAACUAGUCAUAAAGGCAAAAUUAAAAAAUGGCACUGAUGUUCAGAAGCCUGAUCUAAAUAAAUGGCUACAGAUUGUUGGCUUAGGUACAGAUUCUGUGGCUGCAAUUUGUCAAAAAAUUUCUUCGGUUGAAGAACUGCAAGAGAAAUCUGAACACGAACUCAAGAUGAUUUUAAUUGAGAAACAGGCAAAUACUGAGGAAUUAUCGAGAUUAAUUAAGGCUUUACAUAACUUGAAGAAAUACACUGAUAUUCUCAGGCGAGGAGAUAACAAUAUUCCGGACACACAAGAGUUGACACUGUCAUGGGAUUCCUGGGACCGAAACGAUUUGAAAAUGAAACAUGGACUGUCCCCUAGAUCGGCAAGGUCAAGGGCAACCAGAGCAUCUGUUCCUUCGGAAGAAAACCUCUAUAAUAAUAAUCACAAAAAUAGUUCUGCAAUUGCUCCUAGUGCGUCGGUGUCAGGUAUCAAUUCUUUAAAUGCAGCGUCUGCAGUUUUAGGACAGCCAUUGACACCUCCAGGCUACAGCUCAAACGUGUUUAGUCCCUUGAAGGAGAGGGGCAAAGAAAAGAAAUUUCCAACAACACCUCCAGCUAAAAGAAAGCAACUAGUCAAUAAUGCUCCUAUAUUAAUGCCUGAUGCUUUUCCUUUGACAAAAAGUAAAUCACACGAAUCCCAACUCGCAGCAACUAAAUCGGAAAGUAAUAGAGACCUUAACAAUAUUAAUGAGACAGGUGUUAGAAGAGCAAGGUUACCAACUGAACCUGGCCCAGAAACAAUGGGACUGACAAGUCCUGUAUCCACUAGCCCCAUUAAGUCACCACCUUAUAAUAGUACAGGAACUGAUAGUGACGAUAGUAGUUAUAAAUCUGUAAGGUUACAAGUUCCCAAAUCGCCUCAAACGCCGACGAUUAAGCACGGGUGCAUGACGCACCAGAUCGCUCACCGUUUUACGCGAACUUUUAAAAUCGUAGGAAAUUGCGAUUUUUGCACGAGGAAGAUGCGCGGAAUGGCACUAAAAUGUAGCGAGUGCAAGUACUCCUGUCACAAAGAGUGCCAGGAGAAAGCGGGUCCAUCUUGUAGCCUGCCUCAGGGAUACGUGGAAGCUUUUAAAAAGACUGUCGAAGAAAGCCAAGGUUCUAUGUGUUACUCUCCUAAAACAGGUCGACCUAGCAAAUCAAACAGUAUAGUUAAUUCUUUAGCGCGAGUCAGACAUCGAAAAGGAUCUCAUCCGCAGGCAACGUUUAAUAGUCCUUCAUUCCAGCCUCCUGAUAGUAGCUCAAAUACAUCAAGUUGCAAUAGCUCGACGCCAUCAAGUCCAGCUGUUCAAAAUUCGACUACACCAAAAGGAAGCCAAAAACAAUUCCAUUUUCCAGAUACUUCUGAAUCGAUCAAAGAAGUAACAUUAGCUACCCAUUCUAUAUCAGUGUCUUCACCUAGACAUGACCUUAUCACCAGUCAAUUGUCAAGAGAAAGCGACAAGACUGCCUCGCAAACGUCGAACAGUAACAGUACAGACUCCGAUAGGACGCCGGUACGACUGGACUCGCAGGACAGUCAAGUCUCUGAUACGGAAACUAUCACCGACGGACACAAAUGGCCUAGACAAAAUAGUUUAUCAAUGAGAGAAUGGGACAUUCCAUUUGACGAACUUAAAGUUACCAAACCCGUAGGCACCGGUAGGUUCGGUACGGUGUUCCGAGGUUACUGGCACGGUGACGUAGCAGUAAAACUCUUGAGCGUCAACUACCUUCAAGACGAGAAGGCCCUAGAACAGUUCAAGAUGGAGGUGGCGAUAUUUCGCAAGACCAGGCACGAGAAUUUAAUUCUUUUUAUGGGAGCUUGCAUGAAACCGCCCAAACUGGCGAUCGUGACGAGUUUUAGCAAGGGAAACACCCUGUACACGCAUAUUCAUCUUAGGAAGGAUAAGUUUAAUAUGCAUAGGACGACGAUGAUGGCUCAACAAAUAUGUCAGGGUAUGGGAUAUCUACAUGCCAAAGGCAUAAUCCAUAAGGAUUUAAAAACCAAAAACAUAUUUUUGGAAAAUGGAAAAGUUGUGAUAACCGAUUUUGGUUUAUUUAGUGUAACGAAACUUUGUUUUGGACACAACCAAACGCAAAGUUUAAGCAUUCCUCCAGGCUGGCUGUGCUACUUAGCUCCUGAAAUUAUGCGUAGUUUAGAUGCUCACAGGUAUCAAGAGAAUGAGCUACCUUUUAGUAAGUCAUCAGAUAUUUAUGCUUUUGGUACUGUUUGGUAUGAAUUAUUGUGUGGGGAAUGGCCUUUUAAAAAUCAACCACCUGAGGCUGUAAUAUGGCAAGUGGGAAAAGGGAUGAAGCAACCAUUAGCUAAUUUACAAGCGUCAGGAGAAGUUAAAGAAAUUCUAAUGAUUUGUUGGCAAUUUAAAGAAGAUAAACGACCAGAUUUCCCUAGGCUGUCUGAUAUCUUAGGUAAAUUGCCUAAGAAGAAGCUUGCCAGAAGUCCAUCACACCCCAUACACCUGAGCAGAUCUGCUGAGUCUGUAUUCUAAAGUAGAAGUCACCUAUUAUAUGGUAAUACAUUUGGUAUAUUGUUCACAUUCGUUAUUUCAAAUGAAGAUUUUAUAUUUUGUUUUUAUUAAAAUUUAAUAUUUAGUAUGUGCCAAAAAGUUUAAUA